CAACCACGCUCUGAGGCCUGCCGUGGACUGAAGGACCAGCCAGACCAUGGAGACAGUGUGACAUAGAAGAGAGGAUUCGGGGACUUAACUGUUGGGUUCGCGUCCUGGCUCUGCCAGGUGUUCCAGUGAAGUGACAUCUCCACCUCCGUGGACAGGACACCCUCAGGAGCUCAGCUAGCAGCCACUGGACCGCCGGGGCCUCCAUGGGUGCUUGAGGGCUGGGCGCCAGGGCGGCGGGCACGAGCAUGGUGAGACACCAGCCGCUGCAGUACUACGAGCCCCAGCUGUGCCUCUCCUGCCUCACCGGCAUCUACGGCUGCCGCUGGAAGCGCUACCAGCGCUCUCAUGAUGACACCACACCGUGGGAGCGCCUCUGGUUCCUGCUCCUCACCUUCACCUUUGGCCUCACGCUCACCUGGCUGUACUUCUGGUGGGAAGUCCACAAUGACUACGACGAGUUCAACUGGUACCUCUACAACCGCAUGGGCUACUGGAGUGACUGGUCUGUGCCCAUCCUCGUGACCACAGCUGCUGCCUUCACAUACAUCGCAGGCCUCCUGGUGCUGGCGCUAUGUCACAUUGCCGUGGGGCAGCAGAUGAACCUGCACUGGCUGCACAAGAUUGGUCUGGUGGUCAUCCUGGCCUCCACUGUGGUAGCCAUGUCAGCCGUGGCCCAGCUAUGGGAGGACGAAUGGGAAGUGCUGCUGAUCUCCCUGCAGGGAACAGCACCAUUUCUGCACAUGGGGGCCCUGGCUGCCAUCACUGCACUCUCCUGGAUCGUGGCCGGACAGUUCGCCCGUGCAGAACGGUCCUCUUCCCAGGUGACCAUUCUCUGUACCUUCUUCGCUGUGGUCUUUGCCCUCUACCUGGCCCCUCUUACCAUCUCUUCUCCCUGCAUCAUGGAGAAAAAGGACCUGGGCCCCAAGCCUGCCCUCAUCGGCCACCGCGGGGCCCCAAUGCUGGCCCCAGAGCACACGCUGAUGUCCUUCCGGAAGGCACUAGAGCAGAAGCUGUAUGGGCUCCAGGCUGACGUCACUGUCAGCCUGGACGGUGUGCCCUUCCUCAUGCACGACACCACGCUGCGGCGCACCACCAACGUGGAGCAGGCAUUCCCGGAGCUCGCCCGCAGGCCCGCCUCCAUGCUCAACUGGACCGUCCUGCAGAGGCUCAACGCCGGGCAGUGGUUCCUGAAGACUGACCCCUUCUGGACGGCCAGCUCCCUGUCACCCUCCGACCUCAGGGAGGCCCAGAACCAGUCCAUCUGCAGCCUGGAAGAGCUGCUGGAGCUGGCCAAGGGCAACGCCACGCUGCUCCUCAACCUCCGCGACCCGCCCCGGGAGCACCCCUACCGCAGCAGCUUCCUCAAUGUCACGCUGGAGGCCCUGCUGCGGUCUGGCUUCCCACAGCACCAGGUCAUGUGGCUGCCAAACAGGCAAAGGCCCCUCGUGCGGAAGGUGGCUCCUGGCUUCCAGCAAACGUCAGGCUCCAAGGAGGCUGUCGCCAGUCUGCGGAGAGGCCACAUACAGCGGCUGAACCUGCGCUACACUCAGGUGUCCCGCCAGGAGCUCAGGGACUACGCGUCCUGGAACCUGAGUGUGAACCUCUACACUGUCAAUGCGCCGUGGCUCUUCUCCCUGCUGUGGUGCGCUGGGGUCCCAUCUGUCACCUCUGACAACUCCCAUACCCUGUCCCAGGUGCCUUCCCCACUCUGGAUCAUGCCCCCGGACGAGUACUGUCUCAUGUGGGUCACCGCCGACCUGAUCUCCUUCACCCUCAUCGUUGGCAUCUUCGUGCUUCAGAACUAUCACUUGAUCAGGUGGCGCCUGGGUGGCAUCCGGAGCUACAACCCUGAGCAGAUCAUGCUGAGCGCUGCGGUGCGCCGGACCAGCCGGGAUGUCAGCAUCAUGAAGGAGAAGCUCAUCUUCUCAGCAGAGAUCAGCGAUGGCGUGGAGGUCUCCGAUGAGCUCUCCGUAUGUUCAGACAGCAGCUACGACACAUAUGCCAACAGCACUGCCACGCCUGCGGGCUCCCGAGGGGGCGGCAGCCAUACCAAGACCCUUACAGACCGGGGUGGGCGUUAGCAGAAGACCUGUCUGUCUGGGCCUGUACCUGACAUAGAAAACAGGAGAGCCCAGGAGAGCUGGCAGAAGCGUGUUGGACCGAGAGCUCCGGGAGCUGGCUCCGCAGCCUCUACUUGGGGCCUGGCCCCUUGUCACCAUGACCUCUCUUGGAGGGUGUUUCCUCUCCCCUGAGGCCCAGCUGGGCCAGGAUUCUAGCCUUUCAGAUGCCCCUGCAGGCCUGGGGCUCCUUCUGGGAAGUGUGGAGUCUGGGGCCUGGUCCUGCUCUCACAGGCCUCUCUCACAUCCCAGCCAGAAAGCUUUGAUGGGUCACUGGAUGGUGCCAUCUUCCGUGGCAACGGGGAUGUGAUUGCCCACCUGUGUCUGUCUACCUGUCUACCAUGGGCAACUGACUUCUCCAUUUUUAUCCUACCUUGAAGACCUGGGCUAGGCUUUUACCCCUGGCCCCUGGCAGCUCUGCUCUCCAUGUCAGUCUCAAAGCACAAGGAAGUUCUGCCCAGGGAGGAAAGCCGGUGGCUGUGAUCCAGAUACAUCCUCCUUCCCAACCAGCCUCCCACCACCACCACCAGCCCCUGCCCCACCAGAGGGCUUGAACUAUGUCCCCUAGGAGGAGCUGGAGAUAGCCAGAAGUACAGGCUGAGAGCUGGUCUAUCUCACACCCAAGUGUCCAACAGGCCUCUGGGGAAGAAGUGGCCCUGAGGCCCAGGAGAUCUACAGACUAAUACAACCUCAUGUUCCCCCACUGUGGCCACAAGGCAAAGACCCCUUAGGAAAAGUGUUCUGAGCAUGAUGAAAUGUGGACAUGUGGCCAGUAGGCCUGCAGUGGAGGGAGCCUGAGGGCCUCGUCCAGGAUGAUUAAAGCUGCCAUCUUGA